AUGACUGCUAAAUCUUUUUUUUUUGUUAAACAAGAAAAGUUAGUCUUUCCCGUGGAAAUCAAGUGUGCCUUUUUGAAAAAAAGGAAUUGGUUAAAAGCUGCUGGGGUUUGGGGCUGUAAUAGAAGAAAGAAAAGAGAAUGGCAGAAAAUAAAGAAAAGUCGUUUUUGGCCAAAUGCAAUUUGCGCAUCAUUUUACUUUUUUUGUGUUUGUUUCUCAAAGAUUCUCCUUUCUUUUCAGCCUUUAUUGGAGGAGGACUACUAUGAGAGGUAG